AUGCCUUCCCCAGAUUAUCGAGAAAGAGGUAACGAAGCAAUCAAACAAGGCGAUUACAUUACAGCAUGGCAACAUUAUACUGAUGGACUUCAAGAAACACCAAAAGAUCCAUAUCUUUGGUGCAACAGAGCUUUUGCAUGUCUUAAAGCUGGUGCUUUAGGUUUACCUAAAGAUGCGAUGGUUGAAUACAAUGCUUGUAUUGAUUUAGUUGGCAAGGAUCCAGAUUAUCCAAAAUCCGAUUUGAAAAUGUUGGAAAAGAAGAAAGAAGAUCAUUGUAAGACGUCUUCAUUAUUCGAACAAUUUUUACAAACUAAUGGUGUAGAUCAUUUCUUGACUGAACAACAUAAGAGACAUGGAUUUUAUAAAUUUGAAAAAAAAUAUCCUUGGGAUAUAAGAUAUGAGGAACGAGCAUCAGAAGAAACUUUGACACAACUUCAACGAAAACUUGAUUCUGCUAGUAAUAAUUUACUUAAAGUUUCCAAUGUCGAUUUUGAUUCUUCAACUCAACUCGGUAUUUUUGCAAAGGAUACGAUUUCGAAUCAUCGUAUCGUAUUUCAAGAAAAUCCUUUCUUACCAGCUCAUAAUUAUUACGUAUUUCGUUGCGAUUAUUGUUUUCAUGAACUUAAGGAUCUCGUCCCUACGGAUUCAUAUUAUCAACCACGAAGAGUAAGAGCUGAUAGGGAAGCCUAUACCUGUCCAAAAAAGAGAUGCAAUGAAGUUUUUUGUAGUAAGAAAUGUUAUAAUUUAGCUUGGAAUUUAUAUCAUCAACCUCUCUGCGGAAAGAAUGAUGAAAUUAAAGAGAUUGUUGAUUUCAUUCAUUCUGAUACAAUUGGAGUUUUACAAUAUUUGAUGUUAACCAUUAGACUUUUCGCGGUAGCAAAAAUUCGAGAUAUUUGUCCUUUAGAUAUUGAGGAAAUUAAACACCUCGCACGAUUCUCACCCGCUUCAACUCCAUACAAAGGUCGAUUGGUUUAUGAUCCCUUGUUUUAUCAUAUUUAUACAACUAUUCUUCGUAUUCUAGACAUUUCCAAGUUUGAAUUACGUUAUGAUUUUUGGAUCUUUAUUACCUUGAUGAAUUUGGUCAUGCCAAACACAUUCCCUGGACCGGGUGAAUUAGAAGCGAUGGAUACAUCAGUACUUUAUCCAUUAUCAUCAUUAUUUAAUCAUAGUUGUGCACCAAAUUUAAUUGAUGCUCAAUAUUUAUCUCAAGAUUAUGAUAAUAGUGUUGGAACAUUACGUGAUAGCGCAAGAAUGCUUUGCAGUAUUAACGAUAAUGAUGAUUCUUAUCACCCUGCUAGAAUCUUUUUUAGUGUUUUAAAGGAAAUUAAACCGGAACAUCAAGCUUUCAAGAGUUAUUGUAAUCCUAGACAUGAUAAGGUUGAGAGACAUGUUGGAUUGGCUACAACUUUUGGUUUUUUAUGCAAGUGUGAUAGGUGUGAAUUCGAAUCUGGUGAGAGUCAACAGUAUCCCGUCAAUUGGUAUUUUCAUUAUCCCGUGCUUCCUGAUUGGGCUAAAUAA